AUGCCUCUUCAAAAGGAUCGCCUGUACCCCUCUCCAGAAGAGGAGAAGAGGAAACACAAGAAGAAGUGCCUGGUGCAGAGCCCCAAUUCCUACUUCAUGGAUGUGAAAUGCCCAGGAUGCUCCAAAAUCACCACAGUCUUGGGACUGGAGAGAUGGCUCAUCUUUAGCCAUGCACAAACUGUAGUCUUGUGUGUUGGCUGCUCCACUGCCCUCUGUCAGCCUACAGGCAGAAAAGCACGGCUUACGGAAAGAUGUUCCUUCAGGAGAAUGCAGCACUAA